GUCGGGGUCCUUAGGCUAUGGGGGACUCCCUCCCUCGCUCCCCCCCCCCCCCCCCUCGCUCGCUCCCGUCUGCAAGCUGCCGCUGCUGCCUGCCAUCGCUCUGGCUCGCGGCAUUCGUCGACGUUCGAGCUCUCUUUCUGUCUCGUCGGGGACGGAAGGGAAGGGAAGCGAAGCGGAGGAGGAGGAGGAAGGCAGGGCAGAGGACCACGAGAGGAGAGCGCGAGCGAACGAGGAAGGGAAGUGCGUGAGCGAGGGAUGGAUCGCGGUGCGGAUCGUAGAGGGGAAGUAGAUCAGUGAUAGAGAGAAAAAUUGGAGGUGAGCGGAGCGGGUUCGAGGAGCAGCAACAGCAGCAGCAGCAGCAGCGAUGUUGAAGUUUUUGAAGGGGGUUGUGGGAUCGGGAGGUGGAAUCAAGGAUCUGCCCUACAAUAUCGGAGAGCCUUACUCCACUGCAUGGGGCUCCUGGACUCACUACCGCGGCACUUCCAAGGACGACAAUGCACCAGUAUCAAUAUUUUCUCUUGUUGGGACCAGUCCACAGGAUGGACGGCUUGCUGCAGCGCGAAAUGGUGCUAAAAGGCUUCGCACUGUUCGGCACCCCAAUAUUUUAUCUUACCUUCACAGUACAGAAGCCGAAGCUAUGGAGGGGGGUGUUGCGAAGCCAACCAUAUAUGUUGUCACAGAACCCGUUAUGCCCCUAGCGGAGAAAAUCAAGGAGCUCAACUUGAAAGGAACACAACGAGAUGAAUUUUAUGCGUGGGGUCUUCAUCAAAUUACAAAAGCAGUCAGUUUUCUUAAUAAUGACUGCAAGCUGGUCCAUGGGAAUGUGUGUGUGGAUGCUGUGGUUGUUACUCCAACCCUCGAUUGGAAGCUGCAUGCAUUUGAUGUCUUGUCUGAGUUUGAUGGAGGCAACCCAGCAGCUUCGGGCCCUAUGUUGCAAUACGAAUUUUUGGUCAGUCCCCAGUACAAAUCCCAGGAACUUGCAAAAACCGACUGGUCUACCAUUAGAAAAUCUUCACCUUGGGCAACUGACUCAUGGGGUCUUGGUUGCUUGAUAUAUGAACUCUUUCUUGGGUCGAAGCUGACAAAGACAGAGGACCUUCGCAACACCGCAUCCAUCCCUAAGACUUUACUUCCAGAUUAUCAAAGACUGUUAGGGUCUAUUCCGUCACGGAGGAUGAACCCCUCAAAGCUGGUAGAAAACAGUGAGUUUUUCCAAAAUAAGCUGGUGGAAACUAUCCAGUUCAUGGAAGUUCUUAAUCUCAAAGAUAGUGUGGAGAAAGACUCUUUCUUCAGGAAACUUUCCACUCUGGUUGAACAACUACCACGAGAGAUUGUCUUGAAGAAGUUGUUGCCUCUUCUCGCGUCUGCACUAGAAUUUGGUUCUGCAGCUGCGCCAGCUUUGAAUCCCUUGCUAAAGAUGGGAUCCUGGCUUGGUCAGGAUGAUUUCAAUAACAAGGUGUUACCAACUGUCAUCAGACUUUUUGCCUCCAGUGACAGGGCCAUUAGGGUUGGUUUAUUACAACAUAUAGAGAGUUUUGGAAAUGGUCUGUCGACCCAGGUUGUUGACGAGCAGGUUUUCCCACAUGUUGCCACUGGCUUCUCAGAUUCUUCAGCGUUUCUACGUGAGCUCACUCUCAAAUCAAUGUUGACGCUUGCUCCGAAGCUGUCUCAGCGAACGAUUACUGGAUCUCUUCUGAAGUAUCUCUCGAAACUUCAGGUUGAUGAAGAGCCCGCCAUCCGAACAAAUACCACCAUUUUACUGGGCAAUAUUGCUGGCCAUCUCAACGAUGCAACAAGGAAGCGAGUGCUGAUUAAUGCAUUUACGGUGCGUGCCCUGCGUGAUGGAUUCGCUCCUGCGAGAGGAGCAGGAAUCAUGGCACUCACUGCAACUAUGGAAUUUUACGACGCAACAGAAAUAGCAACACGUAUACUACCCCACCUCGUCAUAUUGACAGUUGAUGGUGACAGUGAUGUGAGGACAAAAGCCUUUCAGGCAACAGAAUCUUUCUUGCAAAGUAUCAAGCUCCAAGUUGAUAAGAUGCAUACAGGAGGAGAUAGCAUGACUAAUCUAGCGUCCGCUGCUGGAUUAAGUGCUAAUUCUGGACUUUUAGGAUGGGCAGUAAGCUCCCUAACGACAACCAAAGCAAAAACAGAAAUUGGCACUCCUGCCACUACUCAACCUCUGGAAACCACCUCAACGGCCAAGAUCUCAAGUAACUCUGCAACAUCAGUCUCCGAGAGACCUCCACCACCUCCAGUCUCUGUGUACACUUCGUCCUACCAACCCGAAGCUCCGGCCGUUGCAUCUCCUACGUCAGAUGGAUGGGGGGACAUCAGAGAGAACGGGAACGGGAACGGUGAUGAUGACGACGCCGACGGUUGGGGAGACAUGGGAUUAUUGGAGGAACCCUCGCUAGCAAGAAUACAAGCAGCGCAGCAGAGACCGGUGGCUGCGCCGAAACCGCAGAUGUCCACCACCAACACAUAUACUGUAAAAUCAAGUGUGGAUACCACACGAACGAGUGUCUCUAGCAAGAGUUAUGCCGAAACUCGAAAAGCGGAUGACGACGACGAUCCGUGGGCUGCCAUCGCCGCCCCUGCUCCUUCGAGCACCGCGAGACCUCUGAGCUCGGCUUCGAGCGCGUCGGGUGGGAGGGGCUCGUCUGCUCCACGGGUAAGACCGGCCGGCCAACAUGUGUCGUUAGGCCAACAUGUAUCUUUAGAAAAAGCUCUGGGAGGAGGAUCGGAGGCGAGCAGUGCUGGGCGUGGUAGAGGUAGGGGUAGAUCGGCACCCAUGAAAUUGGGGGCUCAACGCGUAACUCGGCCUUCCGAGAACUUGUAAAAGCAGUAGAUAUAUUCUCUGUAUUAGUCUUAGUAUAGGCAUUUGAUUCUGCCCGCCUCCAAAUAAAGGUUGAGCAAUUUUUAUUACGAACCUACCCAAUCCCUCUUACGGCCGUGAUGUAGAAAGCAACCAGUCUGGUACCUUUUGUCAUCUAUCAAGCGACGCGCUGCGGAUGAAGAAGCCGGGCCGGUGUCGUCGACGUAAUCCAUAGAUUGAUUCCACGAAACGUCAAACCAUUCGAAUCGUAGUAACAUUCUCCAAAUUCAAGGAAGCUUAAUGCUGCUGGCUAGUUU